CUAAAUGUCGAACAGAUAGGGAGACGUCAAUACCGCACUUUUCAAAUCAGUGUAUUUAGUUAAUGUGAGUUUUUUGUAUGAGUUGGGACAACAUUGAAGAAAAUGUUUCAAAGUGUCGGAAUUGUUUGUGCUGCCCUUAUACUUGGAAUUGUAGUUAAAUGUCAUGCGAGACAUGGGAUGGAUCAUGGACAGUGGGCUAGAGAAAAACCUAUAGCGUGUUACGAAUGCAAUUCAGAGUAUGAUCCUAGAUGCGGCGAUCCGUUUGAUCCAUACACCAUAGGAAUAGUAAAUUGUUCAAUGAAAAGACCUUUAAAUCAUAUUUGGGAAGAAAAACCAAAGCUUUGUAGGAAAACUGUUCAGAAAGUCCAAGGACACAUCCGAGUGAUCCGAGGGUGUGGAUACAUCUUAGAUGACAGAGACGAUAAGGAAUGUCUACUGAGAACAGGGACAAAAGAUGUUCAUGUUAAAUACUGUUCUUGCACACGUAGUCUUUGUAAUACUGGAAGUUUUCACUCUAGUACAUCGAGGAUAAUCGCAGGAGGAAUUCUGCUUGGAGUGAUGAGACUAAUCUUGGGAUAAACUGAUAAUCAAAAUUGGCAUCAUGUGAAGACAUCUUCAAAGAAUUAGUUUCGUAAAGGGUAGCGCACAAGAUUUUUAUUUUCCGAUAUGCAACAGUCAUUUGAAUCCGAAAUGUAUAUAAACGUAUUGAUAGAAUGAGGUCUAAUAAGGUAUGAAAAAAAUGGUAAAAGCAAGAGCCUAUUUGUGCAAAAAGUCUAAUUUUCUAUAUUAAUUAUGGCAUAUAUAUUUUUGAUUAGUUUAAGAAAAACUAAUAUCCUACCACUAAAGUUAAGCUUUAUAGAUAAAGGCAAUGAUUUUUUGAUAACAAUUAAAGCUAAACUAUGGGUAAAUAGAAUGACGAUGUUAUUGCCUGCUUGGUGAGCAGGUCUUGUCCAUUAAGUUAGUGUAUAGUGUUAACUGUAAACAAUAUAAACUUUGGGUAUAAAUAAGAAAAAUAGAGACUGCCAUGGCAUUUGACUUAAUCGAAUAUUUUCACCAAAGGGCAAUAUAUCUCUACAGGCAACACAUGAAAAGCCUACCUUCAACAAUAAAUCGAAUACAUAUCUAGAUAUGCAAGGGAUUAUUAUACCAUUUGGUGAGAAUCCGUUUGAUAAAUAAAGUGAAAAUGUGCAAUCUAUCGCAACGCUCUGCAAUUUUUCGUUCAAUUCACAUCAGUGUCGUAAAAUCUCUACAUGUUUCUUAUAAACUGUAAUGAAUGUGUAAUAUGCGUGAAACACUGCCAGUUUUGGCCGGAAGUGCCAUACUAGUCAUGCUUGUUCGCUAGGUUUAACUUAACCAAGUCAUCUUAUGAAAAUCUAAAUAGGAUUGUUAUAACUUAAAAUGUUAUAAAUGCACUAAAUCUAUGAUAUGUAAUUACACUACAGUGUGUUGGAAAUUGUAUUUAUAAUAAAAUUCACAUUAAAA